UUAUUGCUGUUGAAUAAUCUAUGCUAUCCUUGUUGUCUUUUCGAGCUGGAACCAUUGCUCACUGGACUUGGGACGGAUAGGUAUAUGCGAUUCUAGACGAGGUCUUCCUCGCCGGUGAAAUCGAGGAGACCAGCAAGCAGGUCGUGUUGACCAGACUGGAGCACUUGGAUAAACUGGAAUGAACAUAAAGCAAAGAAAAAAAAAACGAAAACGAAAACAAAUCGUUUUGGAGGCUCUCGAGUUUUUGUCAUGGAUUAUUGCAUGGAGUUGGGGGUUCUUUUAUCAUUGCAUACUCAUAAUGCGUCGAUGCGAGUCGGCGCUGUUCACGUCAUCUAACAGACGAGUGUUGUUCAGGCAUGCCAACAUAUGUCUCUUUCUUACCUUCGUCUCUGCGUUUUUUUCAAAUUGUACUCUGUACAAGCCAUUCUGCUGAUAUCGUGUACUUCUGGCGGUGUACGAUUGCACAAAAA